UGACCUCUGCCAUUUCAACGGCGUAAACUUGUUCUGUCAUAAAUUUUGCGUCUAUUCCCCAGUCUUUUAUUUUUAUUUAUUAUACAAAUUGUAUUGAAGCGUUCACUUUUGCAUCUCAUUCAGAUAGAGAGUUGCUGUUUUAACUGUUUGGAAAAGUUUGUGUGUGCAUCGUAUUGUGGCCGUGAAAAGUGAUGAAAAGUCAACAGAUUGAAUGUGCACGAAGGUGGAUGUGUUAAAAAUGCAAUAAUUUUGUGCGCAUAUGGAGAAAAAAGCAUUGCAAACGAGAUUCGUUCUCCCUCCAAAUGUGAAUGGUCGAUGCCGGGGUAGAUUGUCUUUGUGUUUGCAUGAAAUUCAGUGGCAAAACGACGAGCCGUUUCAAUUCAAUUGGAUACAAGCGAAACUCAUUUGGUGGGGUGACAAAUAUAAUUCAGGUGCCGCUUUAAAGUAUGCUAGAUAAUAAGAAGCAACUGCAAAAAUCCUACGGCCAUGUCACACAUUACGAUAUCCUAACGAAACCGACACUGUUCAGAAACUAUUUGCGGUCAUCGGAAAGUGUUGAAGUGAGAUUUUCAUCGGGCAUUUCGAAUAUAGAUAUUGGAAAAGCGAACAUUCCGAUUCCCGUUGAACUGAUUGAGUUCUUCGAUCAACAAUCGUUCAAUUCUACACAGAAAACAAAGAAAUUUCGCAAAAGGUGUCACAUAUUCAACGCACAGAAUAAAAUCAUGGGCGAACUUUUGGCUGAGUACGAAUUGGUGCUCUACGAUCGGGUAUUUAGCGAAACUGAAAUGGACAGUGAAAUUCUAACAAACAAAUGCACAACGAAGAAAAACGUCGGCAUUGAAAAUGAUAUGAAUCAGUUCAAUUUGGAUUUAGACCAUGGUCCAAUUAGCUCAACAAAAAAAUCGCACAAAAAGAAAUCCAAGUCACCGCAUAAGAAGAUACACAUCGAAAAACUAAUUGACAAAGUACCAACAUCGAAUACAAAGCGAUUGUCAAGCAAAGCAACCUGUGCAUCACCAUUGUUGAACUAUUUAACUGGUCGACCACUUGCCGAGAUCGAAGAAAAUGAAGCUGUCAAAGCGAUGCAAUCAACAUCACCAACUGAAAGUCUCAUCAAUUUCUUGAGCUACGAUCUGAAUGGCUUGUAUUUACCCAAAAAAACCAACGAUGCCGAAUUGAAAGUGCUCAAGAAAAUCGACUGUUUACGUGUUCAAGUGUAUGAUUUGUGUCUCACAAGAGCCGGAACACGAGAAAUUCUAUCGAAAAAUGCAACAAACGAAAGUGGCUUCUCGUCCGGCACAUUCUCAAUCGACGUUGAUUUGGAUUCAAUUUUAAGCAUAAAAUCACCGUUUGAGAAAAAUAAUGUAUUUACAAGUAAAGUCACACGAAUCUUCGGUAGUUCAAUUGAAACACUGCCGCCGAGUGUCACCAUCAAUCGAUCAUCAGUGCAUAAAUUAAAUGCAUUCUGCAUCAAAAGCCGUAGCUCCUAUGCCAAUGGGAUAAUAUCAUUGAUAGUUCGUUAUCGCGAUAUUGAAUCGAGUGAAUCGCGAACGUUGGGAACAGCUCAAAUUCAAUUGGCUGAUGUGAUUCAAGCGGCCAAUUUGACAUUCCGUCAGCAAUGCCCAGUUACAACAACGAUCAGUGAGAUUAUAAUCGGUCGGCUCUCGGUAAAAGUCGAGCUUGGUUGUCGCGGUUUGCAUUUUGGUGCCGAUUUUCUUGAGGCAAUCUCAUCAAAUGCCAUUGAUGGGCCUGUGCAUUCAGUAGUGGCCAGUGAAUGUUAUAGUCAUUUACAAUAUUCCAACAGAGAAUAUCCAUUGAGUGCUCGGCUUUCGGAGGGGAGAGAGUGUUUAGAUUCACACAAAAGCUAUGAAUGGCGUGACUAUAAACAUAGAGUGGGUGAUUUGUUCUAUGAAAACUGCGCUUACGAUAUUCACGACGAUCAAACCGGAGACAGAUCCGAUAAUCCAUCGACACCGCUCAAUCUGGAUUUACAGUCAAACAAUUCACAAAGAAAAAAUGGCAGAAAUGUAGAAAAUAUUGGAGACGAUACGUCCGGUAGAGACGUUACUCAUGCCUUAGGCAAUGUCGAUGACAUGAGUGACGAUGCGGGUGAUGCACUGAACGGCCUAUUCCAUAUUGGACAAAUCAAUUACUGCAGCUGGUAUCAAUCAACGGCGGACACAUUCUUAGUGUGUCGCCCAUUCUGGAGCGACUCGGCUCUCGUGACAGAGAACUGCCCAAAUAAAACCAACGAAGAAAACUAUCAAUUGAAUUAUCUUGAGUUAUUUUCUGUGAUAUGCGACGAAAAGUUGUUUGAAUCAACGAAACACGGCUUUAUGAGCAUUGAAGUGUGGCAACGAGGAAGUAAUCAACCCGAUGCAUUGAUUGGAUCAGCAAAAGUGCCAUUGCAUCAAUUUUUCAUUGCAUUUAAUAACACCAGUAUUCGGAAUCAUGUCAGCCAACAAGAACUUCCUGUGAUUUCAAUCGAUGGUUGGGUGACGAUAUCCUAUGCGGUCUCACCGAGUAACACGCCUGUUGGAACAGUGCAAGCAAUUUUAGCCGUUGGAACGACAAAGCAGAUCAAUAAUUUAAAUAAAUCCAAAAGUUUAUUGUCAUGUAAAAAUUUCCUACAAUUUCCACUCGAUCGGUAUCCUCAACAGCAAGCCACACCAUCGAUUGACGAAAGUAAUCGCGAAAGUGUCAAAUCGUCAAUGUCACAAUCCAAUGAUCGCAAUAGUAAUUUUGCCGCUAUAUUCAGUAAUUUUAUUGAUACACUAGCAUCAAGGCUUCCCGAGAGAAAUGUGACAGCUAGCGAAACGGCACCAACCAAUGAUGCAACCACUCAAACCAACAAUAGCGCCAAUAAUAGUCUAGCCAAAAAUGAUUCGGGAAAGUAUAUGAGACCGACGUCUGAAUUGCUUGAUGAAUUGCAACGAGCGCUAGCCAUGGCACCGACACCAGCUCAAAAAAGUGCCAUUCAACAUAUGGUAAUGCCGAAUCAAGCACCACAAAUUGAACAAAGCGUACCAUCGGAACCGAAAAAAGCGACAAUGUUUCGGGUGCAUAUCGAAAUCGAAAGUGCUUUACAUUUGCCAUCGAUGGCCGUGCAUGUGAAUAAAAAGAGUGGCAAACGAAAUCGGAAUGCAAUCAAUACGGCCAAGAAAACCAGCAGCUCUACUGAAAUUCAACCCAGUGCAUAUGCAACAUUUGAAGCCGCUGCCUCAGCUGCAACGCCCAAUUUAAUGGCAUACGCCACGAAUAUCGUGGAAAAUAGCUGUAGCCCGCAAUGGAAUAAACAGUUUGAAGUUUAUUUACCGGUGGAAUUUUUACAGAAUGAUGAAAAACGUUUUGUGAUCCGUGUAUGGCGUAAAAUUAGCGAUAACACUCCGAAAACUCGACUGAUACCAAACUCAUCGAAUGAUGUAACGAUUGGCUUUGCUACGGUUGAUUUAUCGGUGCUGUUGGCCGGUCUGCCGACGAUUAGUGGAUGGUUUAACAUAAUCGAUCACUCAGGAUGCAUUAACGGUCAGAUAAAGAUUCACAUCAAACCAAAAGAUGACAUAACAGUUCAUCAAAAGCGUCAGCCACAACCAGAAAUGAAUAUAUUAUCUGCCGUCAAUCAGCCAUCGUGCGAACCGCUGAAAAGAGAACAUUCUGAGAAAAUGGAUGAGGCUCCGUUGGAAGUGACAUCGAAGGAGAGCCGAGCUGUGGAUGAUUCGGCUUUGAGUCGUGCUCUCAAGCGGAAAUUCACUGAAUUGGAGGAAAUAACGCAACGCUUGCGAGCUCGCCUCUUCGAUGUCACUGGCAAUAUGUCGAUUGAUCCAGACGAUGAAUUUGAAAAUGAUCUGAACACAAUCCCGGACGAAGAAGAUGACUUCGAAGAGUCAAAUAUAGCCAGCUCAAUGAGUUUAGAUUGGCUGGAGCACUGUCAUAAUCAAGCCUCAUCCAAUGAUUCCAACAACCUGGAGCCAUCAAUUGCCGAUGACAUGCAGGAUAUCUUCGAAUUUCUAUCACCCGAUUUUGGUGCCAACCAAAGCACACCGCCAAAUCAAUCCAACCCUAUGAACAUGGAUUUUUUACACAACAAAAUCAAUGAACGUUUUAAUGAUGUUUUGAAUGACAGGACCGCAGUCAACGAACGAAAAGAGGAUACAAUGCAAAAUAUUGCAGAAUCUUUGCAAAAAUCCGCCAUCAAUGAUUGACAAAACCCCGCGAAUUAAAACUAUUUGAAUGAAGCGAAUUAAAUUUGAGUUGUAUGACCAUUUUUGUGACAUCAUUUUUUGUCUGUCUGAAAAUAUGAAUUUCAGUUCUAAAUAUAAAAUAAAUAAAUAUUGAAUUUAGGUGAAAGAAUAUUACAAAGAAGAAAAAAAUUCUAUAAAUAAAUGGACGUUUUUUUUUUUGAAA